GAAAAUGAGCCCGUGGAGGCGGAGGCGCCACAGCUCGACUCCGCGAGAUCUGUUGGUUCAGGUGAGUCUCCUGCUCAGUCAUCGAAAAAUAGCGACAACGCGUCCUUUGGCCAGAUGAAGUUGGUGAUCAAGAACACAUUUAUAGGGGGCUACGACGAAGAACCGGAUGAGGACCCACCACGAACACUCGCGCGGUCCGCAAGCGACAGCAAACUCGACUGCACCUCAAGUGCGAGCUCCGUGCUUUUCUGGUAUCCACAGCGCAAGGAUUCCAUGAGCCGCUCCAACUCCAGUGUCAUGUCCAGAAGUGACGCAGAGGAUAUUGAGGAUAGCCACCUCAUUGAGCAUGGCCCAGCGGGGCCCUAUCACAUGGUGUACGGCAGAAGCCGGGCGACAGAGGGAUCACGACAGAGCAUGCGGCCUCCCCAGGAUUUUCUUCGGCAGCGGCCGUUCUCUGGAACAGACAUGCCGAAUCAUGUUCCUGCGCCGGAUGACUUGGGAGUUCCCCACAGCAGGCUGUCCAUGGAGCAUGCGCAUCGACCGCCUGGGAAUUUCUUUGGCGCCUCCAUGCCGCGGCCGCCUGGCAUGUUCGAUGGCAGUCUGCAGCAGUUUGCUGCAGCCCAGCCCAACCUUCAGGGCGGAAUGACCGGGCAAGCUCCAGGAAACUACACUGGCGACAUGCUUCCACAAGAAGGUACCGGACUCCUGGACAUGGACCUUGUGAAGAUGCAGGCCGAGCUCCAGAAGCUGACGGCCACGCGAGCAGGCUCCAGCCAUCAGCAUCCCGAGCUGGCCCAGAUGCCAAUGUCGUCUUCCACAGACGCGGCUUUUCGGAUUUCCAAUUUCCCAGUGCCAAAGUCGGACUUUAUGGCUCAGGCAGUCGCACCUGGUGGCGACCUCCAACUCCAACCCGGGGGGCCAAGCUCAGCUUCUGCGAAUGUCGCGGAGCAGCAGCUGCACCACCAACUGCUGGAGUCGCAGAUGCAGCAGCUGCAGCUGCAGCAGCAGAUGCAGCAGCUUCAAGUGCAGACGCAGCGACUUCAACAGCAGCUGGCUGGGCAGCAGAACACCGGCGUUUCACAGCCAUCCGACGAAGAUGCACUUCUUUCCCAGAUUCCCUUCAACGAUGAAGGUGAGCGUGCUUCCCUUGGAAGCAGGUUACAUCCAGACAACUGCAAUCCUUGCAUUUUCUGGUUCAAGGAUAAGACCUUCUGCAACAAGGGCAUUAUUUGUGACUUUUGCCACUUCCGGCACCCAGGCCAGAAGAACAAAAGGAUUCGCCCCUCGAAGAAUACCCGCUUGCAGAUGCGGGCUGCUCAAGCCGCCCGAGGGGGGGCAGAGAUCUCUGGUGAAAUGAGAGGCGAUGCAACAAACUUGAGCUUUUUUCUAACGGAGGGUGGCGAAGAGCUGGCAGCGCUCAGUCAGAGUGACAUCUUUCAACAGGUUGAGGUUCUCUGCGUGGCUCUGCGUAGCUCUGCUGCGAGAAGGCAGCCAGCUAUGCUGGUGUGCUCCGACGGCCAGCUCUUCCAGGCAGGGGGCUCGGCCUCUGUCGAUCUGAGCUUCGCUGAGCUGACGUCCAUCCUUCCGUGUGCUGAGAUGCCGUGGAUUGGUGAACAAAUGCUGAAAGCGGCCGAGCAGCAUGUAAAUGUUGCCAGACUCGCGGAACAAAGUUCGAAGUCAAGCCACGAUGCCAUGCUCUCGGCCCAGCAGCAGCUCGCAGCUAAGGACGCGGCAGCGCAGAGCGCCGACUUCUUGGCAAAGCAGCCGGAUGCGGAAGCCGCCAUUCAGAAGGAGCUCCACAAGGCACGAGAAUGGGCUGCGCAGGCCCAGGCCUACUCAAAGCACGCUCAGCAGACGGCUGCAGAGUUGAGGAAGCUGCCGCAGGAGGCGGCGGCCUCCGUUGGCAAGGCCGUCGAGGAGGAGGUCCAGAAGGAAGCCUACAUGGCCGCAGAAAGAAGAGCUGCAGGGCCAGUCGAGUCGGAGCAGGCACAAGCUGAGCGCCUGGCUGCAGAGCAAGCAGCUGCAGCCGAGCCAUACAAGCAAGCCGUCGAGCGAGCUCAGCAGAAUGUGCAGCUGUCACUUGCACACUCUCAGGCGGCCGCGAAUGCCGUCGACCGACUUGCCGAGGAGUCGCAGGCCAUGGCGCGUAAAGCACAGGCCUUGCAGGAUGAAGGGGCCGCCCUGCCAGCACAGCAGGCCAUGCUGAAGGCACACCAGCGCAUGAAGCAGGAUAUGCAGCCGUCACAGUCGGAGGAGGCCUCCGAAGCUUCUGAUGAAGAGGAGAGCAGCUGGAAGUGGUCCGAGCUCUCGCCGCUGGUCCUGACGGCCGCGCUGCCGGAGGGCGUGCCUUCUCGUGAGCUUUGCACCCGACUGCGCUGGGUCCGGCUCUUCUGGUGGCUGGCGCUGUUGGUCUUCUACGCUUCUGUGCUGCUUCUGGCAUCUACGGACAGGGAGCUCUCCAGCGCUCUGCGACAAGAGGCGGUGGAGGAGCUCUUCCCAGACUGGAACAAAGCCGCUGAGCGGAUGAAGGAGGGUAUGAAGACGCCCGAGCUCAAGGACCGGGCGCAGCAUGGCGGCUCAGAAGCGUUCGAAAAACUAUACUUGCUUAGAAAGGCCGCCCUUUUCAGCCCUUUCUGGCCCAUGGCCCAGCUCGGGGGCUCGGAUCUGGCGAGCUCCAGCCGAGAGUAUGUGCGGCUCCUGACGAAGCCGAUGCUGACCUCCAGCAUGUUCGGCUGCCAGCACGAGGAUUGGGCCUUGGCUUUUGCGCGAUGGAACGUGGCGUACGUGUGGGCGCUCUUUGUGGAACACCUCUUGUUCUGGCUACUGCAGGGGAUCGGGCAGCUUCUGACACUGCGUCUGGUAUCCCUCACAAUUGGCGUGAUCUUCACUUUGCUGGACUUUCUCUUUUGUGCGGUCCUCAACUGGUGUUCUUGGUAUUGCGUGGUGAAGAGGCUUGGCUUCUGCGGCCGCGUCGGGUACCUGUGCUGGGCACUUGUGUACGCUUGCUUGAACGUGGGGAGGCUCGGGGCUGUUACCAGGGACGUAUCCUACUGGAUCUACAUUCUAAUGCUUGUCCCGGCGGCCUACAUGAUUGUCGCACUCAUCCAGCUCUUCCGCGGGGAGCUGUUGCACGUUGACGAUGUGGCCUCGACACUCACCAUCUUCAACGACCGCUGCCGGGAUCAGUCCUUCGUCAGCACCUCCAUGAAGGCCGUGUGGGAGUGCAAGCUCUUUGACGUCGUGGUGAACCGGCUUUCAGGUGCUGAGUGGGACCCGGCUAUGAACCGAAACCUUCCGGACAGCGACUCCGACAACGUCUUUGGCACGGGCAAGAAAGGCAUCUUCGAGACGAAGGUCAACGAUGCUUCUAAGGAGCUUGCCAACGAACGACGUCGGGCUAUGCAGACCAUCUGCAGUGACAUCUUCUUCCAGAACCACGUGGCCAUCGGCGACGAUCCGAAGAAGGUGCCCUGGGGCAACGUGACCGCGUUUGACGAGGAGGUCGUCAAUAAAGCGACUGCCGGCAGCGGCCUGCACCCAGACUUCGAUUUUUUUCCAAACCGCGGUCACGGUCAGACUGCCAUCACCCAGCGACUCGUGCAGCUCCACAAGGAUGC